GCAGGUUCGGGAGUAGCUGAGGACCGCGAUUCUGCCGGCCAUGGAGUUCGACUGUGAGGCCGUGAGGCGGCUGCUGGGCAAGUACAAGUUCAGGGAUCUGACGGUAGAAGAGCUGAAGAAAGUGAACAUGUUUUUCCCGCACUUCAGAUAUUCCAUGGACACCUACGUUUUCAAAGAUACUUCCCAAAAAGACCUGCUGAACUUCACUGGUACUAUUCCUGUGAUGUAUCAGGGUAAUACGUACAACAUACCCAUUCGCUUCUGGAUUUUGGAUUCUCACCCUUUUGCUCCACCCAUUUGCUUCUUGAAGCCAACUGCAAACAUGGAAAUCUCAGUUGGAAAACAUGUGGACGCCAAAGGCAGAAUAUACUUGCCCUAUCUCCAAAACUGGAGCCAUCCUAAGUCUGUCAUUGUUGGAUUAAUUAAAGAAAUGAUCGCCAAGUUUCAAGAGGAACUUCCUCUCUAUUCGGUGCCAUCAUCCAACGAAGCACAGCAGGUCGACUUGCUAGCCUAUAUUGCAAAAAUCACUGAAGGUGUCUCAGACAUAAAUUCAAGGGGCUGGACAAAUCAUGAGACUAAGAUAGCGAAUAAAAUCACUGUGGUCGGAAGUGGAGAUUUGGGUAUUGCCUGCACAAUGGCAAUUUCAGCAAAGGGCAUUGCAGACAAGCUGCUCCUUUUAGACCUCUCUGAUGGGACUAACCAAGGAACGAUGGACCUUGAUAUCUUCAACCUGCCUAAUGUAGAGAUCAGCAAAGAUUUGUCUGCCUCUGCUCAUUCCAAGGUGGUGAUCUUCACAGCCAACUCUUUGGGUGGUUCUGAAUCCUACCUUCAUGCCGUGCAAAGCAAUGUAGACAUGUUCAGAGCUCUUGUCCCGGCUCUGGGACAUUACAGUCAACAUGCUGUCCUGCUUGUUGCAUCUCAACCAGUGGAAAUCAUGAGCUAUGUGACAUGGAAGCUGAGCACAUUUCCCGCAAAUAGAGUGAUUGGGAUUGGAUGCAAUCUGGACUCACAGAGAUUACAAUACAUUAUUACCAAUGUUUUGAAGGCACAGACUCCAGGCAAAGAAGUAUGGGUUAUUGGUGAACAGGGAGAAAACAAAGUGUGCUCAUGGAGUGGCCGCGACGGGGUAAUGAGUCAUAGCUCUCUGGCACAGCUGUCCAGCAGAGCCAUGGAACUGUUGAGGGUAAAGGGUCAGAGAUCUUGGUCUGUUGGCCUGGCUGUGGCUGACCUGGUGGACACUAUUGUAAACAAUAAAAAGAAGGUGCAUUCUGUAUCAACUCUAGCAAAGGGAUGUUAUGGUUUAGAUAAUGAAGUGUUCUUAAGUUUGCCGUGCAUCCUGGGAACCAGUGGAGUAUCCGAAGUCAUCAAAACCACUGCAGGAGAAGACACAAUGACUGAGACACUCCAAAACAGUGGAUCUUCAAUCCACAGUCUCCAGCAACAGCUGAAACUCUGAUGCAAAACAGUGGAUCUUCAAUCCACAGUCUCCAGCAACAGCUGAAACUCUGAUGCAAAACAGUGGAUCUUCAAUCCACAGUCUCCAGCAACAGCUGAAACUCUGAUGCCCGAGUGCAGUCACCUGACGGGGGAAGCUUAUUUAAUUUUGCCAGCACACACAGUUUUGGCAACUUCCACAACUUGGUAUUUCACAAACAGCCUUUAUAGUAGGCGACGUCUUAGUUAGCUUUAUAAUUUGAAUCCUUGAGAAGUUAGAGAACGGGAAAGGAUCUGAUUUCUUUUGGAGUUUCUGUUGUUUAGAGCUGUCACUUUAAACCGCACGUCCUAACUUCAGCACACCUAGCACUUUAGAGAUGUUCUGAAAUAAGUGCACUCCUUAAAGGUUCUUACUGGACACUCAUUCUGAGCAUGGUAAGCUGAAGGUAGGGUGGGCACAGAGCCUGUGGCAGGUGUACGUUCAGAGACUCCUAGCUUCACGGCUCUAUUUGCUUCUUCUGCACCAUCCCACUGAUGAUAACGGCAAAGCAUUUUACUUUCCUUCUUCAAGUUCACCUACAUUAGAAAGGAUUUUAGUAUGCUUUAAAUUAGUUAAAUGGAAUUUUAAAUAUAUGAAAAAUAAUAUAUGAUUUAAUUUCUAAUGAUACUUCCUUUCUGAAAAUUUCUAGAAUAACCUCUUCUUGGGCUAAAAGAUCUCAAAUGUAUCUUAAAACUGUAUUAGUAGAAAAAGAGAGAUGCGUGUUUCUAUAAAGAGUAACAGCCGAGCAGUAUAUUUUGAAAGCAAAAUGUGAGGCUUUCAUAAAAAAACAUUGUUCUUAAAGGAGAGAGGCCUUGGUCGUCUGCUUCCGAGCGAGCCUUAGUCACCCCAGAAGAAACAGUUGUGACUGUCUGUGCCUUGGUGGUUGGUCAGUCAGUAUUAACAUGUGGAGCGACACACGGUGGCUGUUGUAUCACACAGGUAACAACUCCUAGAUAGUGAGCUCUUAUUUGUAGAGUCCUGACAUUGACUGGCCAUCACAGAGGAGGAGACGGAACUUUGGUGUCUACGACUGCUGGGUUCUAAGGAUGGUGCUUACCUGUACAACCUCCACUUUUAUAGGGAGCAACAGAGGCUAUGGGGAAGCCUAGAGGCCUAAAAGCCAAGCUGUCACAAGACACUAGCUAAAGUUGAGGCUUGGGAUACUAUGAAAGAAUUACUUUUAUUUUCAUAUGGGUGCUUUCUUGUUGUUUUUGUUUUUUUUUUUUAAACAAAGUCUUUAUGUAGUCCUAGCUGUCUUGUAGACCAGGCUGGCCUCGAACUCACAUAGAUCUGCCUGCCUCUGCCUCCCUAGUUCAUAGAUUAAAGGCAUGCAUCACCACACCUGGCUAUAUUUUUUUAAAAUAUUUUUUUUUUACAAAGAUUGAUUAGCCUGACCCCCAGAGACUCAGCAGAUAGCAGAGGUGGAAUGUGCCAAAGACGGUGUUUGUUUAUUUAGUCGUUCAGCUAGCGUUUAUUAGGAGCUUCUCACAACAGAAAACACUAUUGCUGAACAUGCCUAGAUUAGGGACAAGCCCUGGUACUUAGGGAUUAGCAGAGGAACCCAAUAACAAAAUAGCACAUGAAUGCAAGUGUGCUAAGUAGAGUGAAAUCCAGAGUGUUUGGAAUCCAGGCUGCUCGGAGAGGAGCUCAGGGGCUUGUGAGGUGGAAAGGAGACAUGCCACUGGGUACUUACACUGACAAGUGAAUGUUGAGGAAGCAAAAAAGUAACGUAUUAAGGAAGACUUCCUCCAGACUCAACUGGGCUAAACCUUGGCCGUACAGUCUAGGGAUGUAGCUCAGUAGUUAGGUGCUUGCCUGAUGAGAAUAGGGCCCUGGGUUUGGUCCCAGAACCACAAAAUUUGAGGUUGUUGAGGAGGUAAGCAUUAGCUCUUUGUAAAUGAUUUUGGUGUUGUUUUUACUGAACUUUUAUACGAGAUAGGAAGGUAAAGUUGAAACAACAAUUUCUUAUGUGGUUUAGUGUUUUCUACUAGGUGAUAACUAAUUAGGAAUUCAGUAAUUCCUAAAAUAGAAUUUCUUUUCUCUUUAUUUGUUUUUGGUUUAUUUUUGUUGGUUGUUACAGGAGGGCCGCUUGUUGGUUCCCAGCUGCUCAGCCCCAAAAUAAUCACACAAAAACUAUAUUAUUUACAAUACUG